GUCAGUAUAAUAUUAUGUGGUUUAUCUAAAUUUUAUGAUUUGCAGUCAAAAGCACAUUAUUCAUUCUUGUGUAUGGUGCACUUCACAAAAUACCAUGAUCGUAAUACAAUAUAUUUGUGUUUUCCUUUAUGUAUGUCAAAUGUCGAAGUUUACUUAUUCCAAAGUAAUCGGAAGACCCAAACAAAGUUUAAGCGUAGAUUUUCCGAAAUGCUCACCAAAUGAUUGGAUUUGUUUUGAACGUAAAAUCAUAGACAAUUCUUCAGUCAUUGCAUAUUUUAAUAGAUAUUCUUAUAUUCUAUGGUCAUAUUAUUACGAAUAUGUGAGCAAAAUAAACGAUAGGGAAACGAAUAGUAUGGCCAUUGAAAUACAAAAUGAAGGACCAACAGAUUACGAUUAUUAUAAUGAAUUGGAACCAGGGAUAUCAAAUGAAGAUCCCACGAACAAAGUAAAAAGAUCAAUUGAACUGGCUGAAGAACAACCCCCUGAAGGAACUUAUCGCCCUCCAUCUAAUGAUGACGAGACUAGAACCACUCUUCCAUUGCCCUCAAUACCAUCAAUGCCCUCUUUGCCGUCAAUGCCUUCUAUGCCACCAAUGCCUUCUAUGCCAUCAAUGCCUUCUAUGCCAUCAAUGCCUUCUAUGCCAUCAAUGCCUUCUAUGCCAUCAAUGCCUUCUAUGCCAUCAAUGCCUUCUUUGCCCACACCUUCAGUACCGCAGCUACCUACAAUGCCUUCCGUGCCAUCAAUACCUCAACCACCUACCAUGCCUUCAAAUGGACCAAAAAACACAAAUACAGAAGCUACAAAAUACGAGGUAACGACUCAAUCGCCAGAAGUAGAACAGCUUGAGACUACUACGGAAGACUAUGGUAAUAUUGGUGAACCAAAUUGCGAUUACGAUCCAAUUUCCUUUGUUUUAAAGUGUGGGUUGAAUUUAAUUACUAGUAUUUUUGGAUUAUCUGAUACAUGUUGUAAACCAAUAAUUUAAUCUAUUUAAUUUAUAGACCAAACAUAUACAACAAUAACAUAUAGGUACUAAAUAGCUAAAAUAGUACAUAUAACACCUAUUAUAUUAUACUUUAUUGUUUACAUUAAAAUACGCCAUAAAUAAAAUUUGAUUUCAUAUUGUCGCUUAGAUAUUGUAUCCAAGUAGGUACCUUAAAUAAAGGUUUUUAAUGAAGAAACAUCAAUGUACCUUCACACAAAAAUGUAUCAAUGAAAAUCACAAUUUUAUAGUUAAUACAUUUACCAAACGAAAAUGAGACGUAUUUCGAAUAAAGCUGUGUAAUAUUUCCGAAACAAAAGUUCCAUCUUCACUGAUACUUAUUUUUGAUUCAAUUUUUAAUUAGAUAAUAUGUAUUUUUAACCUUUUUUUGUAACAAAUUACUUGUAUAAAUAUAAUAGUUAAAAAAAUAGCAUGGUUAACAUUUAAUAGUUCAAUUAACUAAUAAGUGGUGCAUUUACAAAUGAUUUGUUUUAGUAAAAUUAAGACUACCUCUUUAAAUGUA